UGGCUCCUGCCCCUGGAGCCUCAGGUCACACAGCUCACUGUGCCUGACCUGCUAGGAGCCUGGAGCAAAGAGCCAGCAUGAGUUCGGGGGUCAGCAUGCUGACAGCCUUCCUUUUCCUCCUGGAUGUUGGAGGAGCUCAAGUGCUGGCAACGGACAAGUCUGCUGGGGAAGAAAUUGAUUUUAAAUACGCCAUCAUUGGGACUGCUCUGGGCUUUGCCAUAUCCGCCAGCUUCCUGGCUCUGAAGAUCUGCCUGAUCAGGAAGCACCUGACAGACGACGACUCCUCAGACCUGAAGAGUGUACACCCGGCCUGCAAUGACACCAUCAUGCGAAAGAAGAGACCCUCAAGAGACGCUCAGGUGAUUGAGUUGUAAACAAGUGGCUACAUUGGGAGAGACUCAACUGUCUAGACAAUAGAAUCCCAUUGUGUUUUGAAUUUGAGCACUGAAGGCUGGUUAUGAAACUUCAGGUGGACUCAAUAUACAAGGAAAAUAAUAGGAGGACUAUCAUCAAGAGUGUCUCUGCUCUGAGAGAAAGUAUUACUCCUUUUCUACCAGAAGUUAACUACUCAGGGUGAGUACAUUAUCCAACAGUCAGAAAAAGGUAGAAGCCAAUGAAUGCACAUCAUCUAGCUUGGUCCACCCUGUUGGAGCUGUUCAUGCUUCUACAAGGUCAUCAUGUCCACAUCAAUGGAACCUACCCACAGCAGUGACUCAUGGAAAUGGGAACCAAACACAAGACGCAGCUUCCUCAGCACUAUCCUCUUAUCAACAAUUAAAUGGCACUUGCAGAACCAUUGGCCUCAACUUCUUAGCUGCCAGGAAACAUGGAGACCAUGAGCCAGUCUCCAAUGCUAUCCAUGACUGACCUUCUAAGGGAGAAAUGGUAGCUUGGCCUGGAGUGAAAGAAAGAGCCCUGGACAGCCAUGGACUGGGCCUGUGGCUGUGCAGAUCUCCAAAUGAAGGAGCCAACAAAGGAUUAAAGGAGAAAGCAGAUGAUGUGCCUUGUGAAGAGCAACACAAACAUAAGUUAUCAUUGUUAUCCCUCAGAUAAUUAUUUUGUGGUGAAUUUUAUAGUUUGUAUGGUGCACACAUGGAAGACAAGACUGGCAGAGGCUCAGGAAACCCACGUCAUUCUCUUACUGUCAUCAGCCUAAUAUCCUGUGGCAAGGGCUCCAUGAACAUUCCCCUUGCCAGUAUCAUUAACCCCAUAUUUCUAGGAAUGCCUUAUGGAAGUCUCUUUGCCUUUCCAUUCUUCAAAAAUCUGGGUGCCUUUGUGGACUGGUUCUCCUUAAAUUGGGUUAACUCUCCUUGUGUGUGAUGAAAGAUGAGCUAUAUUUAAAAAAAAAAAGUGCUGUGUUAUAAUAAUUUGCCUGGAUUCCCAGGGCAUCUUUUAUCUAACUUGAUAACAAUGUUGUUCAUUAGCAGCCUUUGUUAACUGAUAACCUAAAGUGGUAACGUGGUACUCAUAAGCAAUUUUCUGUGUGUAAGAUAGAAUAAACCAUCUUGUAAGGGAUCUGUUAAUUGAUUUGCUUCUUUUAGCAGCAUUUUAAUUAAGACAACUGGUUUGUGAAUGGCAGAAACACUCAUGAGCUGAAGGCGAAAACCUCUGGUUUCUCAGUCACCGUUUUAUGUUCCACACAUACAAAACACCAUGGGAUCCAAUCCACUGCCACAACUUGUGACAUAAUUUCCUGGAAUCAUACCUGGAGUCUGAUUUUGUUUUAGCCCCUCAUAAGGGUCCCUGUGUGAAGUCAGGGAGAGUCAUAUAUUGCUUAAUGAUGGGAAUGGCAUUCCAAGGAAUGUACCGUUGGUCAAUUUCAUCAUUUUGUGAAUAUCAUGGAGCCCACUGACAUGAACUAAAUUGGCUAUAGCCUCACUAGGUGAUACAUUAUUACAGGAUCUUUGUCAGACAUGCAGUCCAUUGUUGACUGCAGGCCAUUAUGCUAUACAUGACAGGAUGUGAAGGCCAGCGUCCUUUCCUUGGGGGGUAAAUACUAUCGUCACCUAGGAAGCAGAAUGGAGUGGGAGUCUUUGGCAAUGAAGUCUCCCUGGCUUAUACUCCAAACCAAGCUCAAUGGCUUCAUUGUGGAAGUCCUUCCAGUCCUCUUGGAAACUCUCUGAAGCCCUUCUUGGCAUCCCCUCAUCCUGGGAGAAGUUCCUAGAGAUGGGUGUCCAAUUUGUAGUAGCUCUUGGAAGGAUUUGGAAGCAACCACAGGAAGUCCCUGUACCUGUGGUACAUGCAAUGUCUUCAGUUAGGGACAUUCUGACAGGGUUGCUUCAUCCUGUGAUUUUGAGUAUAUUAGCAGAGCCCUGGGCUGGGAUAAGCCUUGCCCUUCUGACCCUGAAUGCCUUGGGGCCCCCAAAGCACAUGCAGUCCCCCUGUCAGCUCACCACAGCCUGGAGAACACCAUGCUCAAAGGAAAGGACAGAUGACUCUGAAACAUUAAGAGGAAAGAGACGUGGAUGAAGCAGGCUGCAGAUGGCAGCAGCCAACCAGAGUCUGAGGAUGUAACUUUGGUUUAGGGUCUCUUGGCCUCGUACCUAGGGAAAAGGUGAAUUGGGGAAAAGGUGAAUUGGGAGAGGGUUAUCUGACCAGGAUCAAUAAAUUAAAAAUCAUCUAUCGAUUUAUAGAUUUUUAUAUCUAGAAAUUAAAAAUG